CUCGGUCUAGAUUUUCUCUUAUUGUUAGUGUUGUUACUAUAUAGUGCAAGACAUGAGAUGAUGUUGAAAGAUUGACGCUUUGAGAGUCAUCUUUAAGUUAGGUGCACUAUUGACUUAAUUAGCUUAAUAGCAAGAAAUUGAGCACCCAUCAACACAAAAGCUAAGCUUUUCACAUAACUUAAACUCAUACAAACAACUAUACAUACAUUCCCCAAGUUGUCAACUUCCAUAGUAGUUGAACUAAUACUCUAACUUGUUAUACUCCAAAAUCCCAAAACAAACCAAAUCAAACCAAACCAAACCCAACCCAUUUCUUAAAUCAUUAACAAAAAUUUGAUCAUCCAAACCAAAUGGAAUUGGAUGAAUUCACCUUCCCUACAACAAACCCAAGUACUCCGAUCGAUUCGCCGCCAUUAUGGCGGCUAUCUCCUUCAGCAUCUCCUACACCCUCCUAUAAUCAAAGCCCAACAACAAAAGAAUCAAAUUUUGUCCCCAAAAAAAGAGAUCAAAAUGGGAAUUUUUACUCAAGAAAAAGUUGUUCUUUUUUAGAAGGAAAGUGUUUGAUGAAAAGGUCAAAAAUGGGGACAAAUAAUCAUCAUAAUACUAUGUAUAUGCAAGAUGAUGAUCAAGAGAAGAUGGAUAUGAUAUGGGAAGAUUUGAAUUAUGAAGAAUUAUUUAAAAAUAAUCAUGGGUUUAAUCCUAAAUUAAAUAAUGAAGUUGUAGAAUUUGGAUGUGUUCCUGCUUCUUUUAGAUUGGUAAGAACUAAUAAUAUGAAAAAUAAUACUUUUAAGAAACCUAGUUUUUUUGUUUUUGUUAAGAUUAUUAAGAGAUUAUUUGUUCUUCAACAAUCUGCUAAGCGGAAACCAGUGAAGACGCAUCAGUUUAUAUCAAUAAAAUAUCAUAAUAUGUUUAUGGUUUCUUCCAAUGAGAAGAUGCCUCCUUUGUCAAGAAAGAGACUGUCUAGAAAUGAUGCUAACUGUACGCUAAGAAAUCUGGUGAAAGCGUUAUCAAGUGUAAGCGCACCACGAGAGAGGUCUAUGUCGGAAUUAGCAUCUGAAAUGGCAAACGGAUUAGUCAGAGCAAACCCUCGACUUUCGAUGGUAAAGGGGAACCGUCGGAGCUUGAACUCUGGUUAA